AUGAGUGCUCUACGAGAUCAAUCCGACGACAAUGUCAGCACGGCGAGCGUUGAGAGCGUUGAUGGCCCUCCAAAACUGACGCUGACGUACUCACAGCACGAGGGGUCAGCUGAUGGUGGUGAUGGUGUCUGCCAGGUCAUACAAUUACCAUCCAACCAGGAGAUCAUCAACCGCAUCAUCUCGCGGUGCAGCAUCAACGGCAGCGGGCACAUGUCGAUGCACCUCAGCCUCCUCACGCUCCCGGGGGAGACAAUGGAUUCCGCUAUCAACCGGUACAAUCAGAGCUCUUCCGACAAUCCGGACUUCCUCAAGUUCACUACAGCUACCCAUAGAGACUACUCAUUAUGGGAAGAGGUCGCCAAGGAUCAUCCACUGGUUCACAAAGACACGCAGAAACCAAACGGGGAGACGUGUGAUGUGGGCAUCAUCGCUGUCGUACCUCUCCUGACCCUUUCAAGCUUCGGUGACGAGAUCUGCGGGUCGAUGAUUGGCGAUGUCACCGACCCGACCUCAAUCCAGGUGGCAAGCAAAUCCACAGCCACGGAGGAGUUUGUACGACUAUGGAGGCUCAAGGGCGCUGCGCCAAACGUUGAGUUGCAACUUUACGAUGUUCAACCUCUCCCUCCAUUGAGUGACACCAAUCUGGAGCAGCGCAGUCACGGCUUUGCCAGCCCAGGAAGCACGACGCAGGAGCAGGACGCGGACGAGCUGUCGAGGCCUCCUGCGUGCGACGCGGCAUCUGGACUCUCGGAUCAUACACAUGAUACGCUCGAGAAGACUUCAACCCAAACGUGGAUGUCCGAACACGCUUUCCAGGCUGGAUAUACUCCGCUCGCGGGGGUACGCUUCGGUGGCGAGGAAUACUCCCUCCGUGGACCGAUUCCUUACGACAAGGACACCUGGGUGUGCAGCCCGCCUCGAGUGUUUUUUCGACUGACCAUUGGGGCCGAGGAGUGGCGGGAGGCGGUCCCUGUGCAACGCGAUGAUGGGCAACUUCUGAUGUGGAUGGUGGAGAGGGUCGCAUGUAGCGGAGGGAUGAGUUUAUUUUGGCCGGCAUUUUUGCCCACAGCGCAUUAUCUGGUAUCCACCUCGGUCGCAGGCGACGUGCAAAGGCACAUACCCUCCCGUUCAGUCUUGAGCGGCACGUAUCAGCCUUCCCAAGCACUCAAAUAUCGCCCAAGAAGCACCAGUGUAGGCAUCUUCAGGUUUACUGAUGAGGCAAUAUCACGCCAUAUGAGUGGUACCGUCACGCCGCCCUUCGAGAGGGCCAAAGCCACAUGGAAACCGUCAUUUAGGUCAAGGAUCAAAGGAGCGCUCACUCUUGCUCACCUAUUGUUCCGCCAGGUGUUGCGCAUGCCGCGGUCAUCGCGGACGCAAGAGCACCGUUACAACGCCAAGAACAUGAGCCCAUACGCAGCCGUCAUUGAGCGAAGGGGCAGACUCCCGAGUCGGAGCGUCAGACCGCGAUCGGAUCGCCAACCCCUCGUCACCAUCACCCAAGAGGAUCAUACCGCCGCAGAUGUCAUCGUCAGCUCAUACUUCUCUGACCCUCUGCCGCCCAGCGAUGAUCCUUACAUACAGGCGCUCUACGCAGAGCACUUCCCCGAGGAAGGACGCUUGUAUGACUUCCAUCCGGCACCCACUGGUCUCGACACGCACUUCGCCUUGCGAGACGUCAGUGCUCGAACCAGAUCGCACAUCUACCCCGUUUGCCCGACCAAGAUGUUCCCGGCGAGCGAUACCAGACGGACCGAAAAUCUUCAAGGCUCAAAUUUCCUGCUGGGAACGUCCUCCGAUUCAGGCUCAGAAAUGGCGCUCUUUGACCUGAAGAUCCUCCCCGAAUUCAGCAGCAUCGGCUGGGAUCAGUUCGGCGAUGGUCUGGAACGCUUUGCCGAGUUUCCCGCGGUCAAGCGCGGUGACCCAGGGAGUCUGGCGAUCGUUCUGGAACCAUUCCAGUCCCACGACCAGCGUUCCAUGACGCUCGCUGAAGCGUUCAUGUCUGCCGAUCCCACCACCGGAAAGAGGUACAUGCAGACAGUCAGGGACAGCGGGAGUCUCAAGAGCGUCAAGACUGCCAGCCUGGGAUCAGCGUUCGUCAAUGUGGUGUACGGCCCAGGAGAUGGCCGUGGCAAUAAGGCCAUAACGCCUGGAGCUGAAAAGCAGGAGAGGCAGAGGGAGAUGCGUACAGACGCCAAAGUGGCAGGGUGGCCUGUCGCGUCAAAUGGGACCAUCCAGCUGCAUUCUGAUGACUCAGGGCGAUGCUCCCCUCGAACGAGAGCACAUAUUACGGUGGCAAGCGAGUCUUUGAGUGAUGCGCGGCAGCUCUCUCUGGGUCGCCAGGGUGGCGAGUCCCCCACCCUGUCCAUCAACGACGAUGUCUGUCUCGCUUACCAAAGACUCAAAGGAGAAACGGUCACGCCAUAUGGCUUCGACAUGUGCAAGGUGUAG